AUGCCCAGAUUCAGCGCUGUCCAGUUUCAGCGCUGCCCAGCGCCUUCGCUCUCCAGAUUCAGCGCUGUAGAACGCCAGCGUUGCCCAGUUCAGCGCUUCCAUCUCUACUCUGCAGCUGUCAGCGCUGCCACUCCCCACUCUGCAACAGACCGCAAAUCCCCUUCUUCACCACCUCUCACGAUGCUUCACAGCGCUGCAAUCCUCUCUCUUCCCCCGGCGGCGCCGACUGGAAAAACGCUCGCAACCGCGCCGGCGCCGUCGCCAUCCCUGUUCCACGCGUCCUCCCCUGCUUCGGCAGCCUCCUCACCCUCAACCGCGGCCUCGCGCACAGCUCCCUCGCCUCCACCGCCUCCGCCCUCAACGCCACCAGCCUCGCGCACCACUCCCUCGGCCCACCCCGUCUACUGCUCCGCAGCCACAGUCGCACAUCGUCUCAUCGCUCAGCCUCUUCCUGCUUGGAACCGAAUCUGCAAUCGCACUCGCAAUGAUGGAUCUGGAUCCCAAUCCUCAGCCGCGAUAGGCGGCGAAGAAGCAGUUUUUCAGCGCGAAAUUUGUGGGGUGAUGCAGGAGAUUAUAAGGAAGGAGGUGAGGAAUUACAUGGUGGGGAUGGAGAUGGAGAAGAAGGGGCACUACAUGCAGAGUGAUGCAAUGAUGAUUAAUGGCGUAAUUAAGCGGAUGGGGAUGAGCAAGGUUGAUUGA